AAAGGAAACGUGGACGUGAGAGCUUUCACCUGAUGGAGCUGCUCGGCUGCUCUCAAUUUUCUGUCCGGAAUAAACGGGAGGAGGAGAUGACAGCACGUUUGUCUCCUCGUCCCUCCUCCAGCUGAUCUCAGGUCUGCGUGGAGGGAAACCCGCGUCCGAUCCACGAGCCGCAUCGCCGUGACGCAACUCGCACCUUCUUCCUGCUGCAACACUAAAAUAUGAAUCAGCGGACCGGACGCGUCUUCUGGCUCCGCUGAUCCGGGGAGGGGGGUGUGGCGCCGAGCAGCAGCCGCCCACGGAGCCCCGGUGGCGGACAGACGCCGAAGCGCAGCGCCGGAGUUUCCACCGCCGUCACCGUCUGCUCGGACUCCGGCUGGCUGCGGAGCUCAGGCCGGCCAGGCAGCACCUCGGCGGCCCCUCAGCAGGCUCCGGGGCUGCGGGUAAAACAAAAAACGCAGGGGGGGAUCUGGGCGCAUUACGCAGAUUUGGAAACCUGGAUCGGUGGCCUGCGGAUGGAGAUGCGAUAACUACGGUGAGGAUAAAGGCAUGUUAGCGCCACGACCCAUGGCUGUGCAGAUUGUGUUGCAAGAGGAGAUUGAAUGCCUCUAAAAUCUCAAGGCUGUGAGCCCUGUGCAGGGUGACGAUGAGCGGUCAGGGCAGCAGCAGCAGGGCAGGAGGGCAGCAUGCCGACGCUCCUCGUCACGCUCCCGGACCGAAGCUACAGGUACAGCGCUCGCUCUCUCGAGACACCAUCACCAUACACUUCUCUGCUCUGGGGAAGGAGGAGGACGAUGAGGAGGAGGAGCUCUACGGGAUCGGACCCGCUGCAGCCACGUCUGUCCUGGACGGUGCCGGGGGACUCCGAGGCCCAGCCGACGACCAAAGUGUGGCGACGGGUCUGGAGGCAAAAGAGGAGCUGCUGUUUCAAUCUGUCGGCAUGGAGCUGUCAUCUGGAGCCGCUGUGCUUCCUGUUUCAGACCCUUACCCACACUCACCCUCACCUGCCAUGACCAUCAUCCCCACCUCCCACCUGAGCUCCACCCCUCCCACCAGCUCCUCCUGGCCGUCUGACAAACCUUUGGCCAACCCCCCAUCCACCAGCUCCAGCUCCUCUUCCCCCUGCAAGUCUGCGGCGCUGUCGUCCUCCAAGCCUUUCCUCAGCCUCGUCAGGUCUUUGUCCAACGACGUCGAGUCUCGGGAAACUCCUCCGGCGCUCUCCACGGUGGCCCCAGCACACGCUCGCCACCGACACUUAAUGAAGUCUUUUGUUAAAUCUCUGUCCACGGACACUUCCAAGACCGAGCACCAGGAGGGGCCUCUUCAUCAGUACCUCCAGCAGCAGCAGCCUUCCCACCGGCCUCCACCUCGUAACAUGCAGCUCUUCAAACAGUUCUCCCAGCCCCGCCUGUCCUCCAGCCCGGUCAUCGUCACUCAGGCAGGGGGAGAAACCGCCAAAACCGCCCCGUCUUCCCCCAUCAUGUCCCCAGACGGAAGGUCCUUCUUCAAAGUCCAAGAGGUGGAGGCCAAGAUAGAAGACACCAAGCGGCGGCUGUCGGAGGUGAUGUCGGACCCGUUGCAGCUUUUCAGUAAAAUCAUGGGGGACGAGUCUGGUAUGGCCGCUGUUGGAACUCAUCGUGCCAAAUCUCUGUCCUCCAGCGCAUCCGAGCUCAGCGGGGUGACGGCAGUGAACGGACACGCAGAAGGUAGCAACAAAUACAGCAUCAAGGAAGAGGGGGCUGAAGGGGAGGAAGAAGAGGAAGAAACCCCAACAGGAAAAGGCCCUGACUCAGUGUUUUUCUCUUUCCCGCCUCUGGCACCAGCUCCGGCCUUCAUCCAGGCCUCCUCCUCCAUCCUCCACAAGUCGCCCUCCCUCACGCUGGGUCGCUGCUCCAUGUCGGCCCUGGUAGCUCGGCAGGAGGACGAGGAUUUCUGCGAACUGUACAGCGAAGACUUUGAGAUAUGUACCGACACGGAGACGCCAGACGGGGAUCGCUCCGGGUCCCGGCAGCCCCACACCGGCAGCACUGGUUUGUGCAGUGAACUGGACACUGAGGAGGAGGAGAAAGCAGAGGUGGAGGUCCAGACUGUGCCUGUGACCGGCCUCGUCUUCCUAACACAGCUGGUGUACUGGUACUUAGUCCUUCCGGUGCCGCCCUGGGUGUGCGCGGUGGUGCACGGGGUGGUGGCCGGGUUCAUGUUGGCGCUGCUGGUGCUCUGGAUGUCUUCACCUCGACGCUCCUCAUCAGGGACCAGAAUAGGGAGGAACAGGAUGGAGCCCUGGAACGUGGCCCAGCUGGACAUCAAGGAACCAGGAAUAUUCAAGGGCUGGAUGAAUGAGAUCCACAGCUACGACCCGGAGAUGUACCACGCCACCCUGACACACUCUGUUUACGUCCGGCUGGAGGGCUCCGUCCUGCGUCUGUCCAAACCCAACCGGAACAUCUCCCGCCGUGCCGCACACAACGAGCCUAAACCCGACGUCACUUACAUCAGCCAGAAGAUCUACGACCUGACCGACAGCAAGAUAUACUUGAUGCCACAGAGCCUGGCGAGGAAGAGAGUCUGGAACAAGAAGUACCCCAUCUGCAUUGAGCUGGCCAAACAGGAGGACUUCAUGUCCAAGGCCCAGGGAGAAAGGCCUGAAGCUGGGGAAGACAAAUUACCAGGACUGGGUGAGAAGAUAGAAAGAGUGGACAAAGGAGAGAAAACUGAAGGACCGGCGUUAGUAGAGGAGCCCAAAAGACCAACGUCUGGAGGAGGGGAUCUGACAAUCUACCUGUUUGGGAGGACGGGUCGGGAAAAGGAGGAGUGGUUCCGGAGAUUUCUGUUAGCGUCCCGAAUGAAGUCAGAAGGAAGAAGUGGAAGUCUGGCUGGAAUCUGCAAGAGUGCCUUCCUGCCCUCCCACAGCCGCAGUAGCAGCCUCCAGUCUGGUGGAGGCCUGGAGGCCGACAGCCGGAGCAGCAGCCGGGGAAGCCUGGAGGAGCUGCCUCUGUCCCAGCCUCGGCCCAGAGACGCCUCGGCCGCUCCGUCCUGUGGCGCCACUGCAGGGAUGAAGCAGAAGAUUCUGCUGGACUAUAACAUCUACAUGGCCAAAUACGUGAACCCCCAGGCGCCACCGAGGAGCCCAACUGCCACCGACAGCCCCGGACACAGCCCCGACAGCAGCCCCAAAACUACCAAAAAGUUACGCAGGAGUUCAGAGGAGUCUGCAGAGCCUGAGGCCUGGGUCAAUGCUUUUCUGGGAAGGAUAUUCUGGGACUUCCUGGGAGAGAAGUACUGGGCCAAUGUAGUCUCCAAAAAGAUCCAAAUGAAACUCAGUAAGAUCAGGCUGCCAUAUGUCAUGAAUGAGCUGACUCUGACGGAGCUCGACAUGGGCUUCUCCAUCCCUAAGAUCCUCCAGGCCUCCAAACCCUCCGUGGACCACCAAGGUCUGUGGUUUGAUCUGGAAGUUUCCUACACAGGAUCCUUCCUCAUGACGCUAGAGACCAAGAUGAACCUGGCUCGUCUGGGGAAGGAGGGCGAGGGCCUCGGGGAGCACGGGAAGGAAUGGCCGCGGACGUACUGCCUGGCAGACAGCGAUGAGGAAUCGUCCAGCGCCGGCUCAUCGGAUGAAGAGGAUCCUCCAGAACUCCUCAGUGAUAAACCUGUCCUGCCGGGAGCCGAGGGCUACGUGGGAGGCCACAGACCCAGCAAGAUCAUGCGCUUUGUGGACAAGAUAGCCAAGUCCAAGUACUUCCAGAAGGCCACGGAGACGGAGUUCAUCAAGAAGAAGAUGGAGGAGGUUUCCAACACGCCCCUGCUGCUCACAGUGGAGGUGCAGGAGUGUCGCGGGACGCUGGCUGUCAACAUCCCACCUCCCCCUACGGAUAGGAUAUGGUAUGGUUUCCGGAGUCCACCUCACCUGGAGCUGAAAGCGAGGCCUAAACUGGGCGAGAGGGAGGUCACUCUGGCUCAUGUGACGGAGUGGAUCGAGAAGAAACUGGAUCAGGAGUUCCAGAAAAUAUUUGUGAUGCCAAACAUGGAUGACGUAUGGCUACCCAUAAUGCACUCUGCCAUGGACACGCGUUCAAAUGCCAACUUGAUUACUGUGACAAACGAUGCCUUGAAGGAUCCAGAACCGGAGGACUCUGAGGUCUCGGACAUGUGAAGGCUGCUGGUCGGAGUCCACACCGAUGGACAUUUUAUCCCCGAGUCCCCGCCUCGCUCAGAAACAGCCGGUGCAGCACUGGGACCGGCCGACUCUCUGACAUUUUUACCCAUUAGUCCGGUCCUGCCGCUGCACCAACAAUGUCCCGGUGAGCUCGUGAUCCCUGUACGAGAACGACUCACAGAUUGUCAUCCAAUCACACGGUUUUAUUAGUGUGACGGCAAAUAUUCCGAUGAAAUCCAGCUCAACUUGCGGCAGCGGUGGAUCGACCAAUAGCCAUCUGAUUCAACCAGAAGAACCAUAAAACCUGUGAUGUACAGCUGCACCAAACGCGAUAGUUGUACAGCGUAAAACUUUUUGUGUUUCCAAUCGAGCGGUUUAUCGACGACGAGCGCGUACAUCUGAACGGUUGGGGGAAUAGUGCUGAAAUUUGGAGAUGAUUUUGCGUAACCCUCCUGUUACCUUUGGGGUCAAUUUGACCACAUUCAAUGUUUAACAUCUCUAAAUUCAUGAUUGACGUCUUUUUUUCUUCAUAUUUAAUGACUUUUCCUAAUUUAAUGGGGACAACUAGGUAAAAUUAACGUUUCGUCAUUACGUCGGAACUGGUUACGGGGGUCCUCAGUUUACGACGUAUGGCCUUUUGUUAUGUGGAAUUAGUUGGCGAGUGGAGCGGACGAAUUCGGUGUCACACGGUGCUAUAAUUCAAUUUUUCAAUUCAGUUUUACUUAUAUAGCGCUAAUUACAAUUCAAAUUGUCUCAAGACGCUUUACAGAACCCAAAUGCCUGAACCCUCAGAGCAAGCCCUAUAAGACGCUUUGGUCAUUGGUAUUCAUGACUUUUCCGAAGAACUGAUCAAUAUUGUGAUGCUCAUAAUGGCUUUGUUUACAUUUUCGCUGGAGUUCCUACUUACGGCGAAAAUCCACGUAUGUCACGCUGUAAGAACGGAACUUCGAUGUAAGUCGAGGACCCCCCUAGAGGUCACAAUAACAUGCAGUUUUAUAGUCUUAAAAAAACUUUAGGGCCCUAAACUUUUUGAAAUUGUGUUAAUUUUUCCUGCGGUCAAAUUGACCCCGAACAUAAUACAAUUCUUGAUAACAGAAAUAGUUUUUCAUUCCAAGUGUUAUAGAUAUCAAAAAUAUGUACUUUGAAAUAAUAUAUUUCCAUUAAAACACCAAAAAUAUUUCUCUCCAAUUUUAGGUCAGUCAGUUUAUUGUGAUCUGCAAAUGUCUCCAUAGUCACAUAACAAGUAUUCUGGACAUGUAAGGGGAGUGGGUGUGGGGUUGUUUUAUUGAAACUUACUUAGGUGGUCAACAAAAAGACAUAAAGCUCCUGACACAUAAACUUGGGGAACAAUUUUAAUUAUAAUUUUCUGGAGGUUUAAACUACUGGAGUCAAAUUGAUCCCAUUGAUAAAAGAUGUUGGUAAAUUUGAAGGUAAUAGGAGGGUUAAAGUCCCAUUUCUCAACCAUACACACCGCUGCCUGUGCCGGCCGCCCGGCACUUAUAUGCAAACCAACCAACGGCGCUUUCUCCGUAGAAGACACUGGGUUUGAUUCACUGUCAUAUCAUACGGCCUGUGUGCUUUUACUGUGUGGUGGGGAUGAAGGGAGCUAUAACAGAGGGGUUCAAAUCUAUCUGCAGCAGCUAAACAUUGCCUAAGUCUGUUGAAUGUAUAAAUGCAGCCCCUUAGCUGCGCGAGGAAAAAGCUCAUUCACUGACAACGUGCUUCUAAGCCACAUGUUUCCAGCGCUCUUUUCGUGUUACAUUCAGAGUUGAGCAGAAGUAAUAAUUUUUCUAUUUUUAUUGCCAAAGCAAUCUUUGGGAAACCGUGCGAGGUGACAAAUAAGCAAUCGGUUAAUAAUUCCGUGGCCGCUCCGGUGAUGUACAGCCAAUGUUUUAUAGCUGGAAAUUCAGAAGACGGAAGAAUAAUCUGCAGGGAGUGAGGCCAAAACUCUAUCAAACCUGCUCUCUGAAUAAAGUCCACACCGGAUAUUAGCCAUAUUAUUUAAUGUCGUCAGCAGACAUCCAGCUAAUGAAUGCUCUAUUUCUGUUGAAUUAUUUAUUGAGUUGCUGUUCCGUGUUGUUCACAUGAAAGAGGAAAACAACUCCGACAAACAGGAUCUUUGUAAUCUGCCGAGCUUUAACAGGCGACUUUUACUUUAAGUGUUUUGCGUUCAGACGUGUGUGUUGGCAAGUGUAUGAGGCAUAAAGUGCCUUUGAAAUAAUCAAACAUUCCUCCGUAGUGAGCCAUCGCAUUUCUUGCAUCGGUUGAGGAUAGAGAGAAAACUUUGUCUUUGUGCCAUUACUGUGUCUGUCGAGGCAGGCCCUGUUUUCGUUCUUCACGUUUCGGUGUUGUUCAUUUGCACAGUGAUGAAAAAUAUCAAACAUUGCUGUUGUGUUCAGUGAUGUCGCAGAAUGUUACGGUUCUGAUCAUUGUGGAUCAAUAAAAACCUUUUGCUUGGAAAAAA